UCAUCGAGCAGGUUGAAAUGUGAGUUUCAGUGUCUGAAAGCACUGUAACGACCUUUUAGCUUUUAAAACCCAACAAGUUAAGAGUUUGACUCACAGGUGACAAAUGUAAACGUUGGCGGAGGUCUUCUGGAUUCGAGGAGGUCGGAAAGAAGCUCGCUGAGAGUGAGCCGCUCCGCUGCGCUCCGCCGACGCCGACGCUGACGCUGCUCAGGUCUGCCCAAGAUGUCGGCCUGAGCGAGACUUCAGACGAGCACGCACAAAAACUUUUGCUCCUCGGGCGACUUUGAAGCUCCUUUGGCGACACGAUGACGUUGGCCACCACGACCAUAGCCGAGCGCGACGUCAGCACAGCGAUGGGGAAAAACAAACCGAGCUAGCCCCGGGAGCUAACCAGCUAGCCACAUUUUAGCCCAGAACGACGAGCGAAUAAUAAUAAGUGGCUCACUCUUAAUGACGCCAGUUGAGGGGAGAACAUGUUGAGCCUUUGAAGGCCAUGGCGUGCUUUUGGGACUUGUCACCAAGGUUUGCGGGGCUCGCCAACUAACUGUGGGUUAGCUGUUAGCAUCAGUGCUAACUUCAGGCAGCAACAAAUUGUGAUUUACAGUCGAUGCUUUAGGAGGAACUCUGAGGCCAGCAUGGACAGCUUCUUCAAGGCGGCUGUUUGUGACCUGGACAAAGUGCUGGACGACUUUGAGCUGAGCGCAGAAGAAGUCGACUGCACGUCAGUCUUCCGGAAGCCUUCUCCGUACGACUUCUCCGCUCCGGCCUCCUCUGAGGCGUCCGGCGUGCCCCGCAACCUGCCCCCCAAUCCGCCCGACCUCAGCUCUCUUUGCUAUAGGGUUGCCGCCAGCAGCAGCAGCUGUGCGGACCAAGACAGCGAGGUGAAAGUUCAGCCUCUGACUGGCGUGGAUCUGCUCUCCUCCGUGGAUCACUGCGCCGCUCAAAGCUCGGCGCCUCCCUGCCCCGACCGGGCCCUCAAGCCCGUGUGCGACCUCGUCAACGACACCGGCUCGGCCGUCCUGGUCCGAGUCGGCAGCCGCGAUGCCUUCGGCGAGCUGGACGCCGCCGAGAAGCAAUUGGAGGGGGAAGUGAAGGACGAGGAGGAGGAGCUACUGGUGGACUUUGGCAACCUCGCGCUAGAGGAACGAGGUGCACCUAGCCAGAACUCAAACUCCCACCCGCAUCUUGUUGGAUCCUCCUUGAAUCUGGUGGAUGUCAUUCUUCCUGCAGUUCCUGCCGAGGACGCACAAGAGGAAAGCGACUCUAAAGAUGAAGGAUAUGAGGAGGAGCCUCAAGAAGAAGAUGAAUCCUCAGAACCGGGUAACCAGGAUGACCAGCAGCCACCUAACCAGAGUGCUCAAGAGGAGGCUCAAAAAGAGUCCGAUGAUGAAGCUUCUGUGGGUGGCCCCGAGCUCCUGGAGCCUGAAGAGCAACUGCAAGUUGAGGAUUCAGAAGAAGACUCUCUGUCAGGUUUGGACACUUGCCCUGAGGAACCCCUCGACUCACUAUCGCCGCAGCGUUGCUCUCUCAAACUCCCUGCCCUCGUCCCUUCUGCGGAACCUCCGCACUCUGACCCCUCAGAGCCCAGCCCGGUGGAGGCUCCAGAGUUUGGCUUCGAGUAUCUCCCUGAGAGCGACCGGGCCGAGCUGCUGGUCACGGACGAGGAGCUGGACGCCUUCCUGCAGGCCCGCGCCGAGGCCGAGCGGGCCGGCGGGAUCUCCUGCUCCGGCGGCUCGGCAGAGGCCCUCCGGGCAGGAAACUCGGUCGCGCUGAACGGGGAUCUGGAGCAGGUGCUUGCAGACGAGUUGAGGAGCUGCGGAGAAGAUCUAGAAGGCCUCGCCUCCCCCGAAAGUGACAGAGCCAUGCGCGUGUCAUCCCUUUCUCAGGAAUCACCUGGCGAGGAUUCCUCUAGAGGGAGCCAUUACUCCACCAGCAACUCUUUGCAGUCAGAGCAGCAGAUUUCCUACGGAGGGGCCAGACCCAAGCAGCUCCUCUGCCCCGCUGUGAGAUAUCCCGCAUCAGCCGAGGGCGAUGACGAGCUGCCCGCGUGUUCUUCGAACCUGGAGGACGACGACGACGACGACGAGAGUCCGCACGCGAGCCGCAGCUUCCUCGCACAUUCCAUCAGCAGCCCCGUCUACGCCGCUCCGGAGCCCCCGGAGUACACGGCCGCUUACGACGAACUCUCCGAGCCGCCGCCCUACCCCGGCGAGCCUCGGCCCGACAGCUGGAAGAGGGACGGUGCGGAGGAAGAGCCGGGCGUCCGGCAGCCCGCGUGGGUGCCCGACUCGGAAGCCCCCAACUGCAUGAACUGCUCGCAGAAGUUCACCUUCACCAAGAGGCGCCAUCACUGUCGUGCUUGCGGGAAAGUGUACUGCGCCGGCUGCUGCAACAGGAAGUGCAAGCUCAAGUACUUGGACAAGGAGGCGCGCGUGUGUGUCAUCUGCUUUGACACCUUGCAUAGAGCCCAGGCACUGGAGCGGAUGAUGAGCCCCACGGGUCCCAGUCCCAACCCCAACGUCCCGUCUGAGUACUGCAGCACCAUCCCGCCCCUGCAGCAGGCCCGAGCCGCCGGCACCCUCAACUCCCCGCCGCCCACGGUCAUGGUGCCCGUGUCGGUGCUCAAACACCCGAGCAACGACGGGUGCCCUCGGGAGCACAAGCGUGUCUGGUUCGCCGACGGCAUCCUGCCCAACGGGGAAGUGGCCGACACCACCAAGCUGUCGGUGAGCAGUCGCAGGAGCUCGCAGGAGUUUGCCAGCACUCCCGAAGAAACUACGCCUUCCGCCCCCACGGGGUCGGAAGGUGAAAGUUGCGGCCGGUCGAGCCCCGAGGUGGUGGAGGUGGUCCCCGCUCCCCCGUGCGGCCCCUGGCACUACGCCCUGCUGGCCGGAUUGGGCUCUGCAGUGAGCAAGACCCCAAGUCUGCUGCCCGACUGCGAGGACCUACUUCCUCCUCUGCUCAUCACCACUGGAGAGGACGCAGCAGGAGACCUGUUGGUGGAGGAAAGUCCGGCUCCUUGCCAGAUUCGACACCUCUUGGAGGAGGGGGGUCCUCGCCCUUUGGCCUUUGUCCUCAACGCCAACCUGCUGGUCAAUGUCAAGAUGGUCACAUACGACGGGCGUCAAUGCUGGUGCUUCGGCUCCAACGGGCUGCAGGCUCUGGGCCAGAGAGAGCUGGUCUUCCUCCUGGAGUGCGUCCCAGAAGAAAGAACUCUCCCCAGAGACCUCUUCACGCUGUGUCUCAGCAUUCAGCAGGACGCGCAAAGAGGCAAGUUUGUGGAGGAGCUGGACAACGUGACCUUCACCAGCAGCUUCCUGGGCAGCAAGGACCACGCCGGGAUGCUCUUCUUCUCUCCGACGUGUCAGCCGCUGGACGGCCUCAGUCUCCCCUCGCAGCCUUUCCUCUUUGGCCUUCUCAUCCAGAAGCUGGAGGUCCCCUGGGCCAAGGUAUUCCCCCUCAGGCUGCUUCUACGACUCGGGGCCGAAUACAGCGUGUACCCAACCACACUUGUGAGCGUGCGAUUUCGGGAAUCGGUGUAUCGUGAGACGGGACACACCAUCAUGAACCUACUGGCUGACCUGAGGAACUACCAGUACAGCCUGUCGUCUGUGGAGGGUCUCAGGAUCCACAUGGAGAUGGGCCACAGCUACAUCGACAUCCCGAAAAACAGCUUCAACGAGAUGCAGAGGGUGGUGAACGGCGCCAACGAGCACGUGAUCAGCAUCGGCGCCAACUUCAGUUGUCAGGCCGACUCCCACCUGGUGUGUUUCCAGAACGAGGACGGCACCUACCAGACGCAAGCCGGCAGCGUGCCCGGCAAGACGCGCACAGUGACGGGUGCCAGCUUUGUGGUCUUCAACGGCGCCCUGAAAGCCUCGUCGGGGUUCAUCGCCAAGUCCAGCAUUGUGGAAGACGGUCUCAUGGUGCAGAUGCCCCCGGAGACCAUGGAGGCCCUGCGCACGGCCCUGCGGGAACAGAACGACUUCGACAUCGCGUGCGGAAAGACGGACGAAACGGAGGUCCGGGAAACGGUCACCGUGCGCUGGGUCGACUGGACGUCGCCCGUCAACGCCGGCGUGACGAGCGGUGUGGACGGGCGCAGUCUGGACGGCGUGCGCAGCGUGAGGAUGCGGCAGGACGCCCACUUCGAGUGCGACGGGCGUGUCAUCGAGUGUUCUGAGGUCUUCUACCGGCUGACGUUUCCCGCCGGCGGCCCGACGGCCGUGCCGCCGGCGUGCGCGGUCUUCCAGAAGGAGAUCGCCGUGGCCGCCUGCGGAGCGCUGACGCGACAUCUGGCCGUCCUCGGCGCCGGCGCCAUCAACUCGCUCAGCCUGCGCGUGUCCACGCAUGGAGACGUGGUUGAGUACCAAGCCGGGUCCGGUGGGCGUCUCCUCCCUCAGCGUUACAUGAAUGAGCUGGACAGCGCGCUGAUCCCCGUCAUCCACGGGGGCGGCGCCGGCGUGCCGCCGGCCGCCAUGGACAUGGAGCUGCUCUUCUUUAUCACACACGCCAUCUAACACGCACGCGACGACACGCAGGAAGCUCAGACCACCGGCAGGUGGCGGCGGGAGAGGACGAUGGAACGUCAGGAACCUUCAGGUGGACUCGGGAGGGACCCGGAAUCAAACACAGACCCCCGCGCGUCGACCGAUCUCCCCCCCCCCCCCGCUCGGCCUUCCGCGCCUCACCCAAUGUGCAAUUGAGGAGCGGAGCGGCAGGUGCUAGCACGCCGUGCUGACAUUUUUGCUCUCCUCGACUAAAUGUUGCUGUUGGCAAAACGUCAGACGCAAACAAGGAGGACAAUAAAGACUCAAAACGUGAAUGUGAUGACAUUUGAUUGACAGCUGACAUUUUUUUAUUGUGUGCGUGCGUGUGCACAUUCAGCUGUAAGACCAAUGACGUCCUCAUUCACACUAUCAGGUGAUUUGAAUUCACAUACGAAGACACUACAUUCAGCUCUUAGCCUUGCAGCUUCGCACAGCAGCUUGUCCAAAAGCGAGCAAAAAAUACAAACACACAACCUUAACUCCUUCACAAUAACCUUUUUGAUUGUGUACAAGCUUAGGCCUCACAUCAAACAAUUACACUAUCUAUUUGCAAGUUUUGGGGGGAACCUAGCCUCUGUUGUUCACUGAAAAACUCAACCAUUCGCCGUUUAUGUGCUCAGGCCAAAGCUCUGUCUGACAUAAAAGUAUUGCUUUGGCGCCAUGUUGUGGUGUCCUGGUCCCAAGGAAUGAUUUUGAAGUGAGGUGAAGCUUCAUUUAGGAAAACGUAGUGCUUAGGUGCCAUCCCGUGGCAUCAUUCGUGCCAAGGAACAGCGUUGAAGAAGAGAAGCUUCCGGUUGGCCGUAGUGUUGAAAAAAGGGAUUUGCCGCCAUCUUGUGGCAUCUAUCGGCAAUUGCAGAUUUUGCGUGAGCCUCAGUUUUGUAUUUUCGCUAUCGUAUAAUACGAAUGACGACUAAUUUAUAUUUUGAUUUUGGGGGGGGAAAAAUGGUUGAGGGAUCCCUUGUGGUGCAGUCAUGGACUACAUGUGAAGGCUUGCAAUUUCCUACGAGCCCACAAGAUGGCAGCAAAGCACUACUUUUGUCUAAAUGAAGCUCCUUAGCUCACUAUCGGAGGAAAUUUGUUUAUUGGUUUGGCACAUUUUGAGGACAUCCAUUUUCUGAAGCGCUUGUCCCCCACGAAUGAAUUUGGGUUAAAAAAAAUGAAUUUUUAAGGAUGGAUUGUUGGUGGUACAGCAUGGCUGCCUAGUGGUUAGCAUGUCUGUCUCACAGUUAGUUCUGGGUUUGCAUUUCAUGUUCUCGCAGUGCUUGCGUUGGAUUUUCCUCUCAUGUUCCAAAAAACGCGUGAGCUUAAUUGGAGACAAGAAAUUGUCCUUCGGUGUGAUUGCGCAUCCUUGUUUGUCUCAAUGUGCCGCGCAACUGCGACCCAAAGUUAGCUGGCAUAGGCAAGCGUUGAAGGAAAACGGAUGCAUGGAUGGCAUUAAAAUAUUGCUUUUUUUUUUUUUUUUUUUUUUUUUUUUGGUUCAGCUGAGUUUGAAAAGAUAUCCGCCAUAAAUUGUGACAUUUUAUGAAUUUGUGCUAAAGACGAACCAAAAUGUAAUUUUGUCAUAUUUGGACAGCUGCUCUUUUCUUUUUUCUUUUUUUUUUCCUGCAUGCAGACGAGUCAUUCGCCAACAGUUAAAUGAUCAUCACUAAUUAUGAAUGUAGCAACAGAGCAGCUUUAAAAUGGUGUGUGGGGUUCAAAGGUCACACCAGCAAGAUGUAACGCGACUUUACCGGACCCGAACUGGAUCCCUGGGUGAUCCCGACACGUUCUGGUCUGCGAUGAGGCCAAGGUGUCUCUUUUUUUCUUUGUUUCAUCUCAAGUCUUUGUUGACAAAAUAUGCAUAAGAGAGAUUAUCUGUUUUGUUUUGUUUUUAAUAUGGAAGAUUUAUUUUUGAAAUCAUGGGUGUAAAAGUUUUAACAAAUGUGAGCAGAGUUGAUAUUUUUGAUAGGAUGUCCUCACAUACGGAUUCGUUAGUAGCAAAGAUGGCUGAUUCAUUCCACAGAUAAUGUAAGUACAUAAUACAUACACUCAUAUUUACUGGACAACAAGCGAUUGAAAUUGGAGGGGAAUGUGUCAGGAAAGGUGUUCAAAAAAAGAAUAAAACUGCAAUCAUCUAUUUGUGUGUUGAUUAAAUGUUUUGGGUGAUGGAAUAAUGUUAUUGAUUUUCUUUGGUGUUGACCAAAGGUUUUGAUUUUUGUGAUUAACAACCUCACCUCUUUAAAUCAGAUUUGCUCCAUUGUCGCCACUUCUGCCCAAUUGAAACCCAUGAAAAUUACACAUUUUAACAUUCCCGAUUAGCUGCAUUGAAUCAUCUUUUAAGAAAGGUUUUCAUUCUACCGAGGGAGAAAUUUCAGAUUCUUCCAAAAAUGGCCAGCGAACAAACUGGAAGGGUUGCAAAACCAAAUGAUGUGUUGUCACUAGAUUGUGUGUGUGUGUGUGUGUGCAUAGAGGGCGUGGCGUUGCCUCCCCCAAGGCCUGCGAUCGUCCCUCCAGCGUGCAUCGUUCCUUCCCAGGCUGGAAGUUUCAGUGGCAACAUGAGUGGACGCGUUGCAGAUCUGAGCGCCAAACAAGCUGAUUCGUUAACGCAGGUCAAACUUUUUUCAAUACGUCUCAUUUUUGCCAAACGAAUUCGAACUGAUGAUGUGUUCCGCUUGACUGCUACCGUAUUUUUGUUUGUAUUUUUCCAGCAUCCCACAACAAGCCUUCUCCGUCAUUUUAACGCUAAAAUAAAAACACAAUUUGAAUUGUCUUCAACGAAUCAAACAUCAAAGUGCUUGUUGUGUUCAUUACUUGUUGUUUAUACUGUUGUGUUACUCAAAUACUGGCUUUAUUGUUGUUUAUCGCUUAUUUGUUUAUUCCCACUGUCCUCGUAUUUGUUGUUUGUAUUUUCCUCAGCUAGUUCUUGCAUUUUAUUGUGACCUUCCUUGACCGUUUUGUUGAGUUUUUACGUCGCUCCACUGUUUGUUGUUACUUUCCUCAAUAAAUGUUGUUCAUUCUUA